AUGAGUAAUAAAUUUAGUGAUGGGUUCAAACCAGAGAAGUCAUCUUUGUCAAAUGCUGAUCUUAAUAACGAGAUUACCAAAAAUGCGGCAGACAGUUAUUUAAAACAUUUACCAAAUCAACAAAAGCAAACAACCCGUAGAAGGGAAAAUGAUGAAGAUGAGCUUGUUAUGCACAUGUCAAGUUUACCAGGUUAUUUGGAGAGGGGAGAAAAAGUCCCUGAGAAAGUUUUGAAUGUUGGGGUCCUUGAUUGGGCCAGUCUAGAGCAUUGGCAGUACAGCCAUAAACAUGUACCCCACAGAAGUAGUCAAAGCUCAACAUCUUCUAGUAAUACAUCGUCUUCUAUUCGCACAGAGGAAUUAUCUGGUAAUUCUAAAAGGGACCUGAAUUGGUCUCCUCAGCAAAGGAUAAUCCCUCCGUCAGUCCGAUCUCACUUUAUUGCUUCUACAAAGCAAGACAGUUCUAUAGCUGUUAAGUCCUCUGCAGAAAAUUUUGGAAAUCGUCUGAAUCUUAAAGGUAGCUACAGUAGUUUUGACAUACAGAGAAAAAAUGUUCGCACUUUUGAUCAUCUUUCCCCAAACCAUCCGACUAGUAUACUGAAAGGAUGUGAUAGGUUAAGCACGCGAGAUGAUCAAAUGGAAAAGAAAAAGGAAAAUUUACCUAGAGAACAAAAUAGUGAUAUUAAUGCACAUGAUAUGCUUGGGAAAAACAAACCAAUUGUUCUUAUUUUACCUAGAGAUAUUCCUCAAAAAAACAAUCAUUGUGGAGCUUCUGAUAAGCGAGCAACCUUGGAUCAGAAGUUAGGAAGCCAUAGUCAAAACAAAAAUUCAGUAAAUCCUAAGGAACCUUCCUGUACAUAUAUGAAUUGCAAUGUUUCAAAAUCCUGUUCUUUACCAGAUGAACUUAAUCAAAGUCAUUCUCAGCCUAAAGAGUCACGGUCCAGUUCCUUAGAUUCAGAAAGUUUCAAAAUUCCUGUUUCUACUUUUUCAGUAUCUUUUCCGGGCAGAAUGGGAAUGAGCCCAGGCAGAUCUAGAAAAGCCGAGGAAAGAAGACCCAGCAUUGCUGGAUCUUCAUCUGUAAAUGGGCCUCCUAGAGAAGUAGAUCAGAAAGGAACUACUGAAAAACCAAGAAGCUCUUCACCUUUUCGUCGAUUAAGCUUCAGCAUGGGAUUCACAAAUAAAGUUUCUGGUUGUAAGGAGGUUGCACAUGUGCCACACCAGAUCUCCAUAGUGACACAUAAACCUAGUUCAGAAAAUGUGAGAGGUUAUGCAAGCUCAAACAUUCCAGACAGUGAUAAACCUAGAAGUUCCAGCAAAAGCAGGGCCAGCCCUUUGAGGAGAUUCCUUGAUCCACUAGUGAAACCAAAGGCAGCAAACUCCCAUCACUCUAUGAAUUUAUUUCAAAAAGAGACAGUGUCAAUAAAUAAGAACUGUAGGUCAGGGAAUGGGACAUGUUCCACUAUACUGCCAGCAAAAGAAUUGGACAAGGACCAGAAGUUUGGUUGUUCUACAGCUAACACUAUGGAAUCGUCGAGUGAAGAGGCGCAUAUGCCAUCAACAUCUCAAUCUGUACUGAGAAUUUCCAUGAAGAAUGGUCAGCCCCUUUUUACAUUUGCUGCUGGCAACAAUAGCAACAUUCUCGCUGCCACAGUGAAGAGAUCCACUGUCUUCAAAAAAGAUGAAUGCAACUGUAUCUAUACUUUUUUCACCUUUAAGGAGAUUAAAAAGAAAAAUGGAAGUCGGACGAAUCACAGUGAAAAAAGCAAAGGUCCUGAUUAUAUUCGCCAGGUCAUUGCGCAAAUGAAGCUUUCCGAUAUGCACUAUGGUGAUUCAAAUAGUCAGAAUCGUGUGGAGUCUAUCACAAAAGAGUUUGUUUUGUUUUCUGUAAAGCUAAAGCAAGGAGAUGCUCAGGUGACUGACUAUCAGCCAAAUGAUGAGCUUGCUGCGAUAGCUGUCAAAUCACCUAAAGCUGUCAAUUAUGCGCAUCAAAACAGUUGCCAGAAUGAAUGUCAAGAUCAAUUACAGGUGACCGUGGUGCUUCCAAGUGGGGUUCAUAGUCUUCCAACCGAUGGUGGACCUUCGUCGCUGAUUGAGCGUUGGAAAACUGGUGGAUCCUGUGAUUGCGGUGGUUGGGAUUUAGCUUGUAAACUAAAAAUUCUUGCAAACAAUAAUCAAAUGUGCAGAAAAUCAAGAACAUCGGAAGCUUAUUUUGCAGAUCAGUAUGAGCUUUUCUUCCAGGGAAAUGACCAAUGUCAAGAUAGCCGUCCUGUUUUCAGUUUUUCAAAUUUUGAAGCGGGAGCAUAUUCAGUAGCUUUUGGCUCAUCGCUUUCACCCUUGCAAGCAUUUUCAAUCUGCAUAGCAAUGUUGGAUGGCAAGCUCCCUUGUGAACUUUCUGGAUCAAGAAACUCCAUUGAGGGAACAAAUAGGCGGCAAUCUCAAUUGGUUCAAAGAGAUGAUUCAAAAAUGGCUCAUGGUAAAUCUGAGGAGAUUCCUGCAAGUUAUGUUGCUUAUCCUCCAAUCUCUCCAGCUGGAAGGGUCUAA